AUGGGGAACAAUUUCAUUCCCUGCAUCUUCUCCAUCCAAUUCAACCUCCUCUCCCUCUUCUGCUUCUGCUUUUCGCUGCAAUGUAGUGCGUCGUGCCACCCCGCGGACCGCGCGGCACUUCUCGCAUUCAAAGCCGCCAUAACCGCCGACCCCCGGGGCCUCCUCCGCACCUGGGACCCGUCCGCAGCUGAUGCCGCUGCCGAAUGCUGCGCUGGAUGGUACGGUGUCUCCUGCGACCCAGCAGGCGCUGGCGGCCGUGUCUCCAACCUCACCCUAUCAGGCGUCGCGCUCGACUACGGCGUCGCGACCCUUGCCGGCACCCUCCCCCCGGCCCUCGGCAACCUCACCGGCCUCCGAAUUCUCGGCCUCACCAACCUCAUCAAACUCACCGGACCGCUCCCGCCGUCCCUCGGCCGCCUCUCCUUAUUGACUGAUCUCUACCUCUUCGGCAACGGCCUCACCGGCCCGAUCCCCUCGUCCUUCUCCGGCCUCCGCCGCCUUGAAUUCCUCCUCCUGAACGACAACCGCCUCUCCGGCGCGAUUCCACCUUCCAUUUUUGCCUCGCCCGCCUUCACGUUCCUCACCCUCUACGAAAAUCAAUUCACCGGUGCGAUCCCGCGGUCCAUCGGAAAACUCUCGGCCCUCGAAAGACUCGACCUCCGGAGCAACGACCUCUCCGGCGAAAUUCCGAUGGAGAUCGGAAAUCUCCGGAACCUCACCUACCUCGACCUCUCAAAGAACCGAAUCUCCGGCAGCAUACCGAAGUCCAUCGGCAACCUCAUCAAACUCGCCAUUCUCGAUCUCUCCGAGAACCGCCUCGCCGGCGCCAUCCCACAUUCCUUCACCAAGAUGGUGUCCCUCCAAUUCUGCCGGCUCUCGAGCAACCGCCUCUCCGGAAUCCUCCCGCCGUCAAUUGGCGAUCUCCGGAGCAUGCAGCGGUGGUUUCUAUCAGGCAAUGAGCUCACCGGAAAGAUACCGGAGUCGAUUCGGAGCCUCUCCUCGCUCAACACCCUCUUCUUCAGCAACAACAGGUUCACCGGAAAAAUCCCCGCCGGCAUCAGCAAUUUAGCUCGGUUACAAAUUCUGGACCUCUCGAGGAACAACCUCACCGGCCCGAUCCCCGAUGAGAUCGCCGGCCUCCCGAGUCUCCAAUUGCUCGACCUCUCCUUCAAUCCAAUCAAUCAACCCACUUUGCCGAGCUGGCUCGGCAAAAUGCCGGGCCUGUUCAAGCUACACCUCGCUGGGAUCGGCGUUUCCUGCCCGAUGCCCGAAUGGCUCGCCGCGAUGCCCUCACUCGGCGUCCUCGACCUCUCGAGCAACAAAUUGUCCGGCGAGUUACCGCCGUGGGUCGGAAACAUGACAGGGCUCGCCACCCUCAACCUCUCGCACAACGAGCUCCGGUCCGCAAUCCCCGAGAGCUUCAAGAACCUCGCAAGGCUCAUGGAGCUCGACCUGUCGGACAACAAGCUCUACGGCCCGAUCCGGCCAGUGCUCGUGAAGGCCACGAGUGACGCAUUGGGGCACUACACGACGCUGGAUUUAUCGAGGAACAGGUUUACGGGAGGGGUGGACAAGGACGUCGGGGAAUUGGCGGCGAUGGGGUCGGCGGAGAGGUUCGCGGUGUCAGGAAACCCGGAACUGGGGGGGCGGAUACCAGGGACGAUGGCGAAGAUGGCGUCGUUGACGGAGUUGAGGAUGGCAGGGGACGGGCUCGAAGGGGGGAUACCGGAGGGGCUGCUCGACAUGCCAAGGCUGCAGGUGUUCGAUGUGUCGGACAACCGGCUGACAGGACCGAUACCACCGCACAAGGCGCGGCUGCCAGCCGGGGGGUUUAGAGGGAAUGCCGGGCUCUGCGGCGACCCGCUGCCACCGUGCAAGGAGGGGUGAAGAGGACGACGGUGGUGGUGGUGGUUUUUGGCGGGCGUGAGUUUGAGAUUUAAAUUCUGACAGACUGACAGAGGUUGGGAAGUCUGGAAUCUCGUAAAAAAUAUACCCCAAUCAGCAAGGACUUUGGAACAAAAUUCU